AUGGAAGGAGCUUCGGGGCCGUACAACCCGCGGACGGCCGAGGAGGUCUUCAAGGAUUUCAGGGGUCGGCGUUCGGGCUUGAUUAACGCUCUCACCACGGGUGCUCUCUCCUUCCUCCUCUCAGUCCCUGACACUCUUUCUCGCUUUGCUUAUUCUCUAGUCUGUUCCACGGUAUCUGAUUUUCCGUGCUGACUCUUCAUGUUACAGACGUUGACAAGUUUUAUCAUCAGUGCGACCCCGGUGAGCUCUCUAGUAAUUUUUAUUAUUCUGUUUUAUCUGAUCAUAGAACAAUAGGCAUCGAAUAUUUUUAGAGUCGGUAGAUUUUGUUCGUUUGAUCUGCUGGAGGAAUUCCCGUUCCUGUUCGCCGACCUAGUUUGUUAAUUUUUCAGAGAAGGAGAAUUUAUGCCUGUAUGGAUUUCCCAAUGAAAGCUGGGAAGUAACCUUGCCUGCGGAGGAGGUACCUCCGGAGCUUCCAGAGCCAGCUCUGGGCAUUAAUUUUGCCAGAGAUGGCAUGGAGGAGAAGGAUUGGUUGGCUCUGGUGGCAGUCCACAGUGACGCUUGGUUACUCUCUGUUGCAUUUUACUUUGGUGCUCGAUUUGGUUUUGAUAAAGAAUCUAGGUAAUGACCAUCUCUCCAUCAUCCUGAUGAAUUGACUGCAAUCAGUAGUUGAAUUUUUUUCCUCCUGCUUUUUUGUUUGAUCUUCUAUGUUUUUCUUACCAGGAAUAUGCCAUCUUACAUUGUUCAUAAUCGAGUUAGAAUAGUGAGAUUUCGAUGAAAUAUAGUUUGCAUCUAGAAGCUUCACCAUGAUUAUGCUAAGUAUACGCAUUUUCUACCAAUAUUGAGUAAUCUUUGAUCCUUUGGUGGACAGGAAAGCUAGAAAACCUAAGUUUUAUUCAUAUUUCUUUAUCGUACUUUAUGCAUAAUCAGGUUAGGAUGAUGAGAUAUACCUGAUAUCUAGAUUAUAUCAGGAAACUUCUCUCGGAUGAUGAGAUAGCCACAGCUGCUGCCUGUCAUGAAAGUAUUGUUCUCAGGUUUCUCUGCGGUGUCCAAGACUGCAUCCGGGUCGCCUCUCUUUCGAACAAGAGGAUAGUCCCUGGAUCCUUUGGCACACCUCACCGUUCAGUUCUGCCUUUCAAACCUCUACAGUGAUCAAUCUAAUUUCUGCCACCAGGAUCUAAUUUCGAGCCUCUACAGGGUUUUUAUUCAGAACCGCUGGUUGAACAUUAAUAGUACCAAUGUUAGAUUCGAUUUAGUCUGAUCUCUUUUUCCGUAAUGAAGCCUAAAUGUAAAUAUGGCACAGAUUUUUAUUCAAAACCACUACUUGAACAUUAAAUACUAUCAAUGUUUGAUUCAAUAUAAUCUGAUCGUUUAUUCCUCCAGAGCAAUGUUGGUCAAACCACUUUCCGUUUGACAUUGCUAAUGUUGAAGUAGGUGCUUUUUCUGUAAUACAAAGUCAGCAUCAGCUAGAUGUUGACUUUCCCAUUGCUACUGCAAGAACUCGCAGUUGCUUGAAUAGGUAAGGAUUAACAUAACUUUCAUGGGUUCUUAGUCAACUCUGCUAGAUCGGCGUUAGGGGUGAAAAUCGUUCUUGAAGGUGAUGCUGACUUUUUCCAACUUGGGCAGGGCUUUUCUGUUGGGAAAUCCUAGAUUAUUCUGUGUGUUCGUCCAUUUUCGUCAGUCGACAUGAGAUGAGAAUGGUGAAGAGAGUCUAAUUCCUACGAGGAGAUAUCGAUCAUAUACAGUGUUGAUUCUGCAGGAGGAGGCUCUUCAACAUGAUCAACAAUCUCCCGACCAUAUACGAAGUCGUGACGGGCAGCGCCAAGAAGCAAACUAAAGAAAAGACUUCCAAUGGCAGCAGCAAGAGCAGCAAGCCGAGCUUGAAGAAGGUUGGUAAUCGGAAAUCCUUGAUACAGCCAGCCCUGGUUUACUUCGUGCUUUUGCUCAUCUCUCUCCCGUCUGUUGACUUCUUCAGCACGCCCGCCAGCCGGAGCGGCCGCCAUCGGCCACGAGGCCCUCGAGGGCGCCAGGGGGGGCCGAAGACAGCGGGGCGGAAGAUGAGGAGAGGGAGGAAGAUGAGGAUGAGCAUGGGAGCACGACCUGUGGGGCCUGCGGCGAAAGCUACGGCAGCGACGAGUUCUGGAUAUGCUGCGACAUCUGCGAGAGGUGGUUCCACGGCAAGUGCGUUAGGAUCACCCCCGCCAGGGCCGAGCACAUCAAGCAGUACAAGUGCCCCGCCUGCAGCAACAAGAGGAACAGGGCGGGUUGA